GAGCUGAGCAGCAGGUGCGGAUUUCUUGCCUUUUGCCCCACUUUCGGUUUGACGCAGCGGCUUUAAAUCGAAAGCAGCUCCGCCGCCGCUCGAGGGCCUCACUUACAGCUGGUACCAAUAAAGACCAGUGAACGGUGUCAGUGAACGUCUCUACCGUCUACUGCUGAAGUACACGACGCCCCAGCAGCCCUACACAGAAGGGGACAGCCUCCGCACAUGACAAGCAGAUGUCACAUGAUUAACAGGAAGUUAUGUGAUUUAACAGCAUUGAUUUCCUCACAAGGGAAACAGGCUUAGUGACUGAACAUGGAGUUUGUGAUGGAGCUGCUGCUGGCUGCUCUGCUGAUUGCUCUUUCCACCUGGAUCUGGAGAAGGAGAGGCCUAAAUCAGCCUUCAAGCACUCAACACAAUGCAGUGCAGCGAGUGCUGGAUCAGAGAUCACCUGCCACUCCUUCUGCUGGAUGCUCUGUUGUUUUGAAUGCAGAUCAUGGCUCCAGUGUAACCGCUCCUACACUCAACAGCAACAACUUCUAUGGCCCAUCUGUUUUUAACUUCAGCACGAAUGCUGCUGACACUGAUUUAACAGAAGCAAGUAAAUCAGAGAAAUGUUCAGAAGCAAGUGUACUCAAACAAAUUCUGGAGACUCACAAAGCCAACCUAAGGAAGAAAAUAGAGUAUAUUUUUGAGGGUAAAAUUGGUGUAAAAAAUAAGACACGUCUGAAAAAGGUGUACACAGAGCUCUUCAUCACAGAAGGGGAACUCAAAGAAGUCAACCAUGAACACGAGAUUUUGAGAAUUGACAAAGCUUUCAGGAUGCAAAAAUGUCAGGACACUCCAAUCAACUGUAACGACAUCUUCAGUUUACCAUGGAAAAAUGAAGAGAACAAGGUUGUGCUGACCAAAGGCAUCGCUGGCAUUGGAAAAACAGUCUCUGUACAUAAAUUCAUUCUUGAUUGGGUAGAAGGAGAAGCAAACCAGGAUAUAGACUGCAUAUUUUUGCUUCCAUUUCGAGAGAUUAAUUUAAUUAAACCUGGAGAGUACAGUCUUCAUGAGCUACUCCAAGAAUUCCACCCUGAACUGGAAGAACUAAAUGCAACAAAAAUGUAUGAGGCCUGCAAGCUUGGGUUUGUUUUUGAUGGGCUUGAUGAAAGUCGACUUCCGCUGGAUUUUGACAGCAGAAAUGUAAGAAGCAUAAAAAAGAAAGCAACUGUGGAUGCACUGAUCACGAAUCUCAUUAAGGGAAACUUACUUCCGUCUUCUGUAAUCUGGAUCACCUCCCGGCCAGCAGCCGCCAAUAAAAUCCCUUCACAGUAUGUGAGCUUAUUCACAGAGGUGCGAGGGUUCACUGAUAAACAGAAAGAGGAAUACUUCAAAAAGAGAAUAGCAGAUGAGACUGAAGCCCUUAAAAUCAUCUCCCAUAUUAAGACCUCUCGGAGCCUGUACAUUAUGUGCCACAUUCCUGUCUUCUGUUGGAUCACUGCCACUGUGCUUCAGGCAAUGCUGGUGGAAAACCACGGAGAAAAUAUUCCCACCACGCUGACUGAAAUGUACAUUCACUUCCUGCUCAUACAGAUGAACAUGAAGAACCAAAAGUAUGAUCAGAAAGUUGAGCGAGACUUGAAAAAGCUCCUGGAAUCAAACAGAGGAAUAAUCUUCAAACUGGCAAAACUGGCGUUUGAGCAACUGAAAAGGGAGAACAUAAUGUUCUACGAAGAUGAUCUGAGGGAGUGUGGUAUUGAUGUCAGGGGAGACUCUGAGUACACCGGGAUGUGCACAGAGAUCUUCAAGCAGGAAUCUGUACUUCAUGAGAAGAAGGUCUACUGCUUUGUACAUCUGAGCAUUCAAGAGUUCCUUGCCUCACUCCAUGUGUUCUACUGCUACCUGAACAAGGACAGGGACGAGCUGCAGUUUCUGCUUGAGGGUCCACUUCCAGAAGGCUUUACUUUCAUUGUAGAUUCUCCAAAAACUUUGUCCUUAUAUUACCUACUGGUCAAGGCAGUUGACAAAUCUUGGCGGAGUCAGAGAGGAUAUCUGCAUCUUUUCCUGCGCUUUCUGCUGGGCAUCACACUAGACUCCAAUCAGAAACUCCUCAAAGGCUUGCUAGCACAAACAGAGGAUAGCAAAGAGACUGUCGAGAAAUCGAUUAGAUACAUUACAAAAAUACAAAGGAAAGAUAUUUCGGCUGAGGCAUCCAUCAACCUCCUGUUCUGCUUGCUUGAACUAAAGGACCGCACCUUAUUCAAACAAAUCCAAACAUACCUUAGUUCAGAGGAGACUCCAGAAACAGAACUCUCACUUUCAGUCUGCUCAGCUUUGGUCUACAUACUUCAAAUGUCAGAGGAGAUACUGGAUGAGUUCAACCCAAAGAUGUACAAUACAUCAAAUGCAGGCUGCAGGAGGCUGGUCCCAGCAGUGAGAUGCUGCAGAAAAGCUCUGUUUAAUAGCUGUGGACUCACUGAACAGUGCUGUGAGACUGUGGCGUCAGCCCUGCAGUUACCAAACUCCCCUCUCCGAGAGCUGGACCUCAGUAACAACUCACAGAUGGAUGCAGGAGCAAAGCUGCUGUCCGAAGGAUUAAUGAGCCCACAGUGUAAGCUGGAGAAACUGAGCUUGGCGAGUUGCCAUUUCAGCAAAGAACAGUGUGAAGUUAUUGCAUUGGCUGUAAACUCUGCCUCGUCACCCCUGAGAGAACUGGACCUGAGCUAUAAUGACCUGCAGGACUCAGGAGUGAAGCUGCUAUCAGAUGGGCUCAAAACCUCUGACAGUAAACUUGAGAAAUUAAGAUUGGGCUGGUGUAAACUGUCUGCAGACAGUUGUAAGACACUGACUUCAGUAUUCAGCUCCAGUUCACCACUGACAGAGCUGGAUCUGAGUAACAAUGACGUGCAGGAUUCAGGAGUGAAAUUCCUCUCUGCUGGACUGGAGAAUCCAAACUGUAAACUGGAAGUACUGAGGUUGUCUGGGUGUUUAGUCACAGAGAAAGGCUGUUCACAUCUGGCUUCAGCUCUUAUUUCAAACCCCGCCUUCCUGAGAGAGUUGGAUCUGAGCUAUAACCACCCAGGACACUUGGGAACAAAACUGCUCACUGGCAAACUGGAAGGUCCACAGUGUAGACUGCAGAUACUAAAUAUAGAUUCAGGAGGAGAGUGUAGGAUCAAAUCAGGACCAAGAAAAUAUACCUGUGAGAUCACUCUAGACCCAAAUACAGCUCACCGAAAUCUUCGUCUAUCAGAAAGAAACCAAACGGCAACUCGUGUGUUAGAACUACAGGGUUAUGAGCCAAAUCCAGAAAGAUUCGAUCAGUGUAUUUACGUGUUGUGUAGAGAAAGCCUGUCUGAUCGCUGUUAUUGGGAGGUUCAGUUUAGCGAAGACUUGGCAGGCGUAGCACUGACAUAUAAAGGAAUUGAAAGAAAUGGAAGGGGUGAUGACAGUACUUUUGGAAACAAUAGAAUGUCUUGGCAGUUGGUAUGUUUUGGUAGUGGGUCCACUUACUGUGCAUUUCAUAAUAACAAUAGAACUGAGAUUCCUGCCCUUUCCUUUUAUUCAAACAGAGUAGGAGUAUAUCUGGACUGGCCAGCUGGCAUUCUGUCCUUCUACAGCGUCUCCUCGGACACACAUGCACUGACCCACAUACACACUUUCUACUCUACAUUCACUGAACCCCUAUAUGUAGGGUUUUGUUUUGGGAAUGCUGGCUCAGUAAUAUCUUUGUGCUAAGAAACAAGAAAACUAAUAUUUGGCAACUAAAUAUUUGACUGAUGUGCCCACUAUAGGCAAGUAAUAUUACUGGUAACUGCUGGCAACAUCCCAUUUAAAUUAAAAUAAUGUGUGGCCACACCUUAUUAACACAUGAGAAUGAGAUCCUAAUGCGUGGUCACAACUUAGUCACGGGACUGAGAUUAUUAAACCGUGGCCAAGACUUUAGGAUAUCAUUCCCAGGCCUUACUAUGUCAUAGCCACACAUUAGAAUCUUGUUCCUACACCUUACUUAGUCAGUGAAGUCCCUUUAGUUACUGAAUAAUAAGCCUUGGCAUGUAAUAAGCCAGGAUUUAUUCCCUGGAAUUAUGCUGUUUGUCAAAUUCUUCAUAUCGCAGUAGAGAAGAGUUUAUAACAGUUAAUGAGCAUCAUUCUAUGGAGAUUUUGUCCUUUUUAGUAUAAGACUGUGCUUCCAUAUAACUACUAUCUUCCACACCACCCACAUUCAUUUCAUUAUCACUUGUCUUAUCUGUUUUAGUUCAGAUACAGUCAGAGAUUUCUUAAUAUAUCUUAUAUGGAAAUACUGAGCAGGGAAGGUUGUAACACCUCCCAGUUUUACUUCAAGACACUGUUACUGCACCUUUAUUCUCUGUGGUGUGACUGACCUCUAUCUGCACCAGCUUGUGGCGCUAGAGAGCGUAUUAUAUCUGAGACAUCCAGUCUACACUGCAGACCUUUUCUGUUCUGUUCAUGUUCAGUCACUCUUUCUAUCUCUGUUUACCUCUUUGUUUUUGCCUGGACUGUUAUUGUUGAAGCGUUUAUUGUCUGUCUGCCAUCAAUUGGAGUAUUAAUGGUGAAGUUCAUUCUCACCAUUAAAGCCUCUCCUUCACAUCACGACACAGUGACAGGCCAAAGGCCAGGACAGUGGGCGCAUGCUGUCGCCAUGGGUACAGUGAUUGUUCUCUAUUUGCCUAGUUCGGUGAUCCUGUACUUACAUUUACUUAGUGGCCAAUUUAAUUGUAUUAGUGUGGGGGCUGCACAGCAUGUGACCCCCAGCCUGCCAAGUUUGAGACUGAUCUCUGACACACUGCUGCGUGUUGGUGUGCAAAAAGGUGCUCCCAGCUUAGCCUGUAACACACACAGGGCCCAACUCUGUCAUCUGAAACAGUGGGAAAGUACAAUAAAGAAUGCAAUGACAGUGCAGCUGAUGUGCUGUGAAGUCAGUUGACCAUGUCUAUAAAGUCAGGGCACCACAAGUUGUCUUGAUGUGUAAUCAUGUGCAAAAGUUUGUAUGUAAAAGUAUAAAAUGUCAACACAUCCUCUAAACAGAACAAACUAAAAUAUGGCAAUUUUAUACAGUUUUUUUUUCCAUCCGGAUUUAAAUGUAAAAAACUAAAUGUGCCAUCACUUUCGAACAGGCCACAUGUUUCUUUUUUAUUUCCUAUAUAUUAAAUACAGCUAGUAAACAGUAACUGUGCAUUAAAAUUGUACAUAGAAUUUUUUAAAAACUAAAUUAAAUGCAUAAAAUGUAUUUUUACAUGUCUAAUAUUUUCUCUCUUUUUUUUGUUGUGUAAACAUCUCAAACAACUCCAGCCAUUUGUUGUGUGGACUGAACAUCUACUGAUUUGUAUUUGUAACUAAAGUAAAAAAGAGAAAACUGA